GGAGGUAUCCAUACCUGGGGCAUCAGAGGGGCGGUCCCUAUUUCCUCGUUGUUCGCAUACCGGCGCAGGGAGUUCUUUUCUAACACAUUCGCCUUAUUCAUAACUCUGUCCAGUAGGCCAGUCGGCCUAGAAUCCGCGCCGCAUUAGGAGCAACCUGUAUACCUGCACCAACCUCUGCGAUUUCAUGGACCCGUUCCAGGAUGAGGACAUCGUGUCCAGCCUUCUUCAGGCCCAGGGCCACGGUAAGUCCCGCAAUGCCUGCAUCCACGACAAUCACCUUCAAAGGGUGUUUGGCCACAAAAGGCCACGAAAAAUCGUCUUGGAAGCUAUUAAUUGUGAUGUUAGUCGUUUGCCUCGCCUUGUUAGAUCACCCUCACCCUCGAGCAUGUUUACCAGCAUCUUAUAUAGUUGUAUCUCACUGCGCGACGCUUCUAUCAUUCGAUGUCAUUAAUGACGACAUCUGGCUGGUGAAAUGCUCUGGUGGGGCAGUGUAUAAGUUUUGUCGAGUCCCAAUGACGCCGAGAUUGAGGAUGGCUACUCCUCACGGCAGAGAUACCCAUGGAAUUGCAGGAGAUGACCGAGAUUCACCUUGCUGGCAGAUUGCUGAAGACGGCGGCAGGGGGUGGGGCCGCGUGAAGCCGGGACUGAGCUCGACAGCUUCCUCGGGACUCAACAUCAGACCGACUCAACUGUAAGCGAGGAAUCGUUCUGCAGCACGCAGUAUAAUUCUGCCGGUUGCUGUCUUUCAGGACAGGCUACUAACUUGAGAUGUUAAGAACAUAUCAGUUCCAAUCCAAGUUGCCUCCACCCAGCCCGCCGUAAUUUCCGCCGCGGCCCCUUUUUGGGAGUCGCCACUCGCCACACAUUAAUUUACCAGGAUCUGAUCCGUCGAAAGUGAGCCUUAAUGAAUCAUGUCAGGCUAACU